AUGAGUCCGACCGGGGUCUACCCCGAUUCCCUCCGAGCACUCCCUUUGCAUCAACCGCACAUCUAUCCACCUGGAGCACCUCACCUCUUCGCUCCCAACCUGGCAGGACGUCAGAGAUAUUGCGCUCGCAGACAGGACGAUGUUGGGACUCAAUUGACUACAGCUACCCAAGGUAUCAAAAGGCUCUUCAUCUGCCUCCCUGUCCGAUCGCUCGCCAAACUUGUCAUAGAACGGUUAACAUCCGUGGACCUUCCGGACUGCUAUACCUUUCCAUCUUCUGAUGACGUAGACGACUACGUCGCACAAUUACGGCACAAGAACAUGGCCGCCGAACACGUCCGUUUUCGCUCUCCAGCACCACAGCCAGUGGACUCAGAGAAUACAACUAUGUACCUUGCGUUCUCGGCGUUAUUAGUUGACCCCAAGUCCAGAGCACACGUAAUGGAUAUCUGGGUAAACGAAGGCACUGGCAUUACCACACGACACGCCGAAUACUGCUUGAAUCAUUUUGACGAACUCAGUUCAACCUCCCCUCUGCCUCAGUUCAACACACCGGCUGCAAGGGUGCCUUCCCAUGACCCAUACUCUGCAGAGUGGAUUUACCGUGGCGCAUCGGAUCUUGCAGGCCUGCAACAUUAUAUCGCUCGCUUGGCGACCUCUGAGGGACCAGUGGAAAAGGCUGUAAUGCCCGAAGACGUCUUCAUCUUUCCCAACGGGAUGAACGCAAUUUACAACGCUUCUGAAGCACUCGCGAUUAACAAUCCAGAUACAUGCGUUGUCACCUUCGGACAAUCACCAAUCUUCGUCGGGGACAAUGGGCAGAGGUCAUACCCUUCAGACUGGGCCGUGAGAGAGGACUUGGAUCAGCUUGAGCAAAUGUUGUACCGCAAUGAGAAGCAGAUUUAUGCUGUCUUCUGUGAGCUACCGAGUAACAUCAAGUUGACUUCGCCCAACCUCAAAAGAAUCCGAGAUUUAGCAAGAGAAUAUGAUCUCGUCGUCGUUUGCGACGAAACAGUUGGCAACUUUGUCAACGUCGACAUCUUGCCAUAUGUCGAUAUCAUAACGACGAGUUUGACCAAAAUGUUCAGUGGAGCAGCAAACGUGACAGGAGGAAGCGUCAUUAUCAAUCCAAAUUCUCGUCACUAUGGGAAGCUACUCGAGUCCAUCAAAAGUCGAUAUGAAACGGUGUUUUGUUUCCCCAAAGACAUUUCCGUCCUCAGACAAAACUCAGAGAACCUAGUGGAAAGGGUGCAGAGAGCCAACAGAAAUACUAUGAAGCUGCUCAUGAAUAUUCUCACCACUCACCAUUCAAUUGCUCGCGUCAACUAUCCAUAUUACGACCCAGACUUCGACAACUACGACGGGGUCCGCCGACUCAAUGGAGGAUAUGGCAAUGUCUUCAGUUUGGUAUUUCGCAACCGGGGAACUGCUGAGCACUUUUACGACCAUUUGGAUGUUUGCAAAGGUCCGAGCUUCGGCACCAACUUCACAAUCGCGAUUCCUUUUGUCCAGCUGUCAGCAUACAAUGAGCAGGAAAAACUCGAAAAGUACGGUCUUCCGAAACAUACCAUCCGGAUCAGUGUCGGGCUUGAGGAUUACAAACUGAUCCGUGCUAAGUUGAAGGAGGCAUUGAAAGAAGUUGAAAAGUUCGAGGUGAGUCCUGGGUCUGCGUACUAUGCCAUUAGGGAUCAGGCCAUAGAAGAGUAG